CUCAACGAGCUCCAGAAGAGCCAGGAUAUCAAGAUCAUCGAUCUCAGCAAUGAGGUCCGCCCGAAACCCGCCCAGGAUGGCGCGAAGCGCAAGUCGACCGGCUCGGAAAUGUCCGCAGAGGGCGAAGAGCAUACCACGCCGGCCAGUCUGCAGGCAGACCUGAUUCACUACAAGGAACUCUUUACCAAACUCCGCUUCAGCUACGUCGAGCAAGUCACCAAAGAGAAGUUCCUCACGGCAAUCACCAUGGACCCACCGCAAUUCGUGGAACCGCAAGAAAACGUGCAACUAGAAGCGCAACUAGUAGAAGUCAAAGCAGCGCUGAAAGCGCAAAAAGUCGAAGUCGCAGAGAUGAUUGCUGAGCUGGAGCGACGCGGCCGAGACCUCAGCAAACGCUACGAGACGAUCCAACUGCGCACGACGCAGCUGACCACGCUGCCCGAGCGCAUCGCCACGCUCGAAACGGCCAUCUCCACCCUCCGCGCCACCCAAGCCCCCCACCCCACGAACCCAGCGCUGUCGCUGCCGCUCCCGGAAACGCUGUCCGCGCUGAACGAGCGGCAAGCUGAGCUCGCGGCGCUGGACAAGCAGCUCGCGGGGCUGCAGGCGGCGGUGCCGCGCAAGACGCGCGAGCUGGAGCGCCUGGAGGCCGAGCUCAAGCCCUUGGAGAUGCAGCGGAAGGGGACGGUGGCGGCGGCGCAGGAGGCGCGGCGGCGGCGCGAGGCGGGCGAGGCGGGCAUGGGUGACGGCUUGGAGGAGAGGGGGCGCUGGCUUACGGCUGUGGAGGGCGGGCUGAGGGGCAUGCUGGAGGUGGAUGCGUAG